AAGCUAAUAAGCCUCCUCGUAAAGGCCACCGCGCAUGUGCGGGGCGCAAUGCAUUGUGGGUAGGUCGAAGGUCAAUGUCACUUCGCGUACACAAACAUGGCUGGCGUGCCCUCCACGUCCACGUGCACGGGAGACACAAAAGUAACGUUGGCUAGCUUUGAUCUUUGGAACAAAGACCGUUUGGUGCCGUUUUUGAGGGAGAGAGGACUUCCAGUGACGAAAGAUGUCAAUUCUCUCCGGGCUCUGGCCUUCGGAGCCACAGUAAUGCGCGCGCCCUUAGUUCCGACUCCCCAGGAAGAACAACAGAAGAGAUGUGAAGACUACAAUUCCAUCCUCACUGUUGAUGGCAAGAGACUGCCCGAUCCGCUAGUGGACCUGAAAUGUGGGUGGAAAAAAGAGGAAGAGGGGAUGCAACACUGGCCACCAACCAUGUAUGCAGAUAUGGCAGAGUACUUCUGCUUGGGGGCAGCAGAUCCUGAAGUAGAUAUGCGUAAAAAACUUAUGGGGGACUACAAGGACGGAAAGGCAUAUUCAUACUUUGAUGCUGAGUUCAUCCAUGAAGUCUUGUACCACCCACUUAGUGACGAGUCAGAGGUGUGCUUCGUUAGGUCAACAAGUGCUAGGUCCCAGAGAAGAAAUGACGAGCCACACCAAGUAUGGGUUGCACUGCAGAAGGCUACUGGGAAGAUCCUGACAGCUUAUUGCACCUGCUUUGCUGGCUUGGGAGCCUCAUGCAACCAUGUGGCCGGUGUACUGUUCAAGAUGGACCAUGCAUGGGCAACGGGGAUUACAAAUAAGUCAUCCACGUCAAAACCUGUGGAGUGGACUAAACCUAGGAAGACUGUAAGUACAGAUGCACACAAGGUCAAUGACAUGGAGUGGUGGAGCCCCAAGUGGUCUAAAGGUAAAAAGAGACAGCCGAUCAACACGCCAGCUCGAAAGCUGUUCAGCCCUACAAAGAAUAGUGCUCCUCCAACUCUAGAGGACUUAAUGUCUGACUUGUAUGUGUCAAAUAAGGAUGCCUGUUCUUUCCAGUAUGGAAUGCCAACAGCAACUACUGCAUAUAGAGUUGAAGAUGACAUGAAUGUUGACGGAGUCAUCAAUUUGGAGACGUGUGAAAGUGUGCCGCCACCACUCCCUGAUCUAGUAAAACUCCCCACCCUGCCGACAUUCACUACAGAACAGGUUAAUGCCCUUGUCAAAGCCACCAUGGCACAGUCAACCAACCCCAACUGGACACAACAAAGAAUUGGAAGGAUCACAGCCUCCGUAGCGCGGCCAGUACUGGUUAUGGCAGAUAAGGCAGCCAACGGCACUCCUAUAGCACAGAGUGUUUUAGAUGGCAUUCUCGGGAAGAGGUCUGUUCCAUCUUCUUUACCAGCACUUAAGUAUGGAAGGAGAAUGGAACCUACAGCUAGAGAGGCCUACAUCACAGCUAUGCGGAGCAAGGGACACAAAAAACUCACCGUCCAAGAGACAGGACUGUUCGUCAUGCAAGAACACAUUUAUAUAGGAGCUAGCCCUGAUGGACUAGUGGACUGCCAGUGUUGUGUCCCGCCAAAUGGCCUACUCGAGAUCAAGUGUCCCUUAUCCAUAGCUAAUGCAGACCCAAAAGAGAAAACACCAAGCUACCUGCAGAAGAAGGAAGGGGUUCUCAUUCUGAGCCAUACACACAACUACUACAGUCAGAUACAGAUGCAACUGUUAGCCACGAACACAGCAUGGUGUGAUUUUUUCGUCUACACGAGCCAUGGGUACCAUCUGGAGCGAGUGCCGGCAGACAAGAAACACCAAGAAGAACUACGUGUAGCAGCAUCACUCGUCUUCGAGCAGAUCAUUCGUCCAAAACUCCAACAUCGUACUGACAAUGCCACUGAUGCAUCCACAAGUCAGGACGAGGGUACACAAUCUCAGAGCGAGGACCCUGAGACUCCAGGUAUUGUUGACUGUCCGGAAUCUGCACAUGCUGUCAACGAGGCUGCAUCUACAGACACGGUCCAUCCUCCUGACUCCACAGCCCGAGAUGCUGCACCUGCACCACCACCUGCGAAGAAAAGGAGAGUGACUAGGCGACAGAAGAAAGCACCAAAAGCAGGACCUGUGUACCUAUGUGGAAUUUGUAAUUCUGACUGUGAUAAUGUUACAGAGGAUACUGAUAACAGUGUUGGGUGCGACAAGUGCUUCAGAUGGUUCCACUGGGGUUGUGUUGGGUUUGAAAUGGACAAUCUGAGUGAUGACUGGUAUUGUGAUGAAUGUCAAAAAUAAAUGUCUAACUUACCUGUAACAUUAUGUUCCCACCAAUGGAGGCCGCAGGUUGGAGAGGGCUGCGCAAACAACAACUAUGUCAUCUAUGAUAGGCACCAUGUUGACCGGCAAGGUGUUCUGCAAUAUGGCGAACCAUUUGAUACGUCCUGCAAAGAUAAAACAUUAAUCAAGCAAUAGUUUAUUGCAAAUUCAUGUCCGAGGGCUAGUUGCAGGUAGCAUGAAAGGGUUGACAGAUAGUUUAAAACAAUAUAUCAUGUGUCUACUCACACUAGUACAAACAUUACUUUUAGUCAUUGACUUGAAACUUCACUAAACUUCUUACUUAAACAAGAAAGUGUUUUGAACCCCCUUGACUGAACAAAAUCUUACCAAUUGCUCUUUCCACAUGGAUCCGUGCAUUGGCCACCUUCUUUGUCUUCCCAACAGCUGAUGCUGUCUGUUGAGUCCAUCCUGAGCUGGGAGGGGGGAUUUCCAGGCGCGCUUGUUUCUGCAACAGGUCCCCUGCUAUUGUAAAGCCUCUAUCGGCCAGGAUGACAUCCCCAGGGUCGAUCUUGUUCAGGAAACCAGAAUCGAGUGUGAUACUCUUGUCAGAAGAUCUCCCACCAUACCCAUCUGACAGGAAUGUGAUGGUGCCAUUCGGGGCGAUGCCAACAAGAUACUUUAUGGUGUUGUGUUUCUUGUAGUCGCUCCAGGUCAACUGUUGUAGCUCCAGGCGUCGCGGUCUUUGUAUGAAAAUUUCGGUACAGUCUAUAGUGCAUCUUAGUUGGGGGUACUUCUUGCCAAGAGCUGGGGGCAUGUGUUGUAGGAUGGCUUCCUUUGCAGGCCAGAAGAUGAGUGACUUUAGAUGUGAUGCUAGCAUGGGGAUCCAGGUAUUAAUGAUAUUGGAACAGAGUCCUUCAGAGAUGCCAAAAAUGUCACAUAGUAACGUGUUGGUAACACCGAGUCUAAUCUUCAUGAGAACUAGAAUGAGCUCAUCUCGACUACCUAACUUGCGCGCUGGUCCAAACUUCUUGGGGCUCUUAGUGAAGUUUCUAACUCCUUUCUUCAUGUGGACAGCCUUACUUCCUCUCCAGUAGCACAGUUGGGUGGCCUUCUGUUCUACAGACUUGUGAAGUCCAUCUAGGGCAGCUUUACUUUGUAAGCCAGUGUUUCUACAUACUUUUUUAUCUGUACUAGUGAAACGAUUGAUGAUCUUUCCUGUGAGGGUUGUUGUAGGCUUGUUUUCCUUGUUUGUUUCGUCGAGAUUCUUGUUGGCAUUCCCACCCCUCAACAGUUCAAGUUCCCUUUUCAACCUUUCAUUUUCUUGUUGUAGUUUGAUACAGUUCUGGCAAGCAAUGUCCUGUGGCUUUGCACUGUAGCUGUGUUCACGGUCUUCCGUCAGUUGCCCGUCAUGCUCAGUUGAAACUGUAUGGUACACUGGAGCCAGGUUAGUUGAAUUCUUAGAAUUCUCAGAGUGUUGAUGUAGAUGUGUUUUAGGCUCACUAACCACUUUACUACUUGUUGUUUGUUUACUUGAAGAUGAGGGCUGAAGUGGCUUUCUAACUGCUGGUGGUUUUCGUGCAGAGGGUGGCUUGGCAUCGUACCCAAGGUGUUCGGUAGGGUAUGGGUUGGUGAGCGUUGGCUUUCCAUCACAGAAAUGUUUGGAGCAUAUCCUUGACCUCCUGGAAAGACAAAAUAUGAAAAAUUAUCACUGUAAACCUAUAGUGAACUAUACACACACUGAAAUAUGCAUAAUUGACAUAAGAAAUACUUGAUUUUUGUAUCUUUGUAUUAUUGUUACUUGAAUGUAUUCCUUUGUAAAGACUGUUUUGCAGGUUCCCUUUACAUAUUUGUUCAUAAAGGGUAUUCAAGUUUUACCAUAUGUAUAUCAUUCUAAGUACUUACGAUUUGGGCUUCCAGUCUUUCCUGUUCACCAGCUUUAUCCAUUGUUUCCUCCCAUCUGCAUCCUUCAUCUCUGUUGGGAAGGUCCACAGAAUAAAGGGGGGUGCACACGUGCAUUGUCCUGUGUUGUGCUUGUAGCCUGUAUAAAGAUUUGACAAAUUUGCAAGAUAUUUGUUUGUUAACUAUAUAGUAAUCCACAUGUCAUGGGAAGGUGACUUGCUGGAAGGAAUAAAAUACACAAAGAACAUAAACAAUGACUUAGACAUAUGAAUGUGUUAAUAUAACAAUGACUUGUAAUAAAUACAAAUAUACCUGUAAUAUCAAA